AUGGCCAGGGACAGUUUUUCUUCAGUCGCAAGCCACUUGAAGAUGGCACUAAUAACGAAGAUGAAGUUUGUCUUGCUCAGCUUCAAGCUAUGCAAAUGGCGUUUCUCAAAGAAUACAAUGAGAAAUCACGCCGGAAGGCGAAGUCGGAGCUUUAAUGGCGGCGGUCGACGGGGCUUGUGUGGCUGCCUUGAAGAUGAUGUUAAGAGUUCUAGCAUGAUCAGAAGGCUGCAGAGGACUAGAAGUAGUGCUCAUGCUAAUUCCAACUAUGAUUAUGAUGAUGAUGAUUAUGAUUAUGAUUAUGAUGAUGUUGAUCGGAGGGCUGAGAUUUUUAUCAACAAUUUUCGAUCCCGGCUAUUAAUGGAAAGAGAGGUUUCUUUGAAGCUAAGGUACUGCGAAAGGGAAUAG